AUGUUCAAGUUCCAGCCUACUCCUGCGUACAAGGUAUCGAAAGCCGCACUUAACAUGCUUACCGUGCAGUGGGCGGAAUCGCUCGAAAAAGACGGUUUUACAGUGCUUGCUAUAUGCCCUGGUUGGGUUAAGACAGACAUGGGAACUGAGGCGGGCCAUUUGACUGCUGAGGAGAGCGUAAUUGGGGGUCUUAACGUUAUCUUUGGACAUACUGCCGCAGAUAGUGGCAAGUUCUUCGUCAUCGAUCUUCCUGGCAAGGAGGUCGAUGGGGAGAAGAUCUAUGAUGGUUCUGUUCGUCCAUACUAG